AGCAGAGGUGAACAUCCGCUGAAAUGAAAGAAAACACACUUCAAGGCAGAUUUCACAUCGGUGCACUCAGUUUAAUUAAAAGUUUAAUCAUCCCUAAGGAAUGUGCGUAUACAGCUGUGAAGUGCCGGGAUCAAAGCAUCAGAGUGCGCUCCUAUUCUAAAGAAUACGGUAAGCUGCUGUAGGCAGGAGCAAUUUGUCCUUCCGCAGUGUUUCCAUUCAUGCAGGUUGAAGGCGACAGCUGAGAGUGGGAGGCGGAGGGGCUGACGGACAAGCUAAACCCACGGCUGUGCUCUAAUCUGCAGCUCCAUCAGGGAGACAGUGCCGGGAAAGGAGGACGCACGCAGGCACAGUUAUCUGUAGGGUCCGGCAUGUCCCCCUACUGUAAUCAGCACGAUGGUAUGAUCUCUGGGAAUGAACAUUUUUAAUGGAGCUAAAAGUAUAAGAAGUCCAGAAUCUGGACCGAGUCCAUACAUGCUCUGCAGUGGUGUUUCCGCGAUCCCAUUGUAACCUUUGCACGCACUAUUGCUGUAUUUACUAUAUUGCACAUUAGCCCUGCACCUGCCUACACCGAGCUCCCCAUGCCAUGGAUCAGACUGCAGCGGCGGCCAAGCCAGAGGGCACAUGUACGGAGAGCGUUCCUGAUCUGAAGGACCUGGAGAGCAAGGUGGGCAGGAAGACACCCGAGAGCCUACUCAGGUGGAUGAGAGAGGACCCAGUGCUGCACCUGGCAGAGAGCGGACAAGGGCAGGGGGAGAGUGCGGAGCAUGGGCUUGCACAGAAGAUCAAAGCGCUGAAACUGGAGCUGGCCUGCUUAAGGGCAAUUGAUGUUAAGAUACUUCAGCAGCUGUUGGUUGUAAAUGAAGGGAUUGAAGCUGUAAAAUGGAUCCUUGAUGAGAAAGGAAACCUAACCAGUCGUUGCAGCAGUCUCACCAGCAGCCAGUACAGUCUGGCAGAAAGUCAGGGAACAUCUCGUAGAGGAAGUUGGAACAGUCUUCAGGACCCUAUAGAUAAACUUGACAGUAUCUCCAUUGGCAGUUACCUAGACACCCUUGCUGAUGACAUGGAUGAGUACAGUCUGAGCACCAGUGAACCAGUUGUUUCCUCCACUCCAUAUCGUCAAGCUUUUACAUUUGCUGUAGUUGAACAAGAUGGAGGCAAACUGGACAAUGAAAAGGAUGCCUUUUCUCCAUCAAUCACAGUACACUCCAAAGGAGAACGGGAGAAAACAAAAAUAGAAAAUGACUGUUGUAGAGGAGACAACAUUACUGCAUCUACCACUGGUCAAAAUACUCUGGAAAAAAACAGGGUGUCAAGACCAGUGGGACAGUUUUCAACAUCUCAGACACCAAAUGGAUCUUUGGUUAGACAUGUGCCAGUUGCUGAGAACUGUACUAAAGUAAAGUCUUCAACAGCAGAGAAGACUGGUAAAAGUAGUCCAAAAAUAAAAUCUAGUCAAAAUGGAAAAGUAGAUAUAGAAAAAUGUAAAUUAAAUAGCAAACUUCACCUAGAAUAUGACGCCCAUUGGCGCUGGGUACAAUCUCAGGAUGAUGUGACAUUUUUGUAAUGGUUUCUCCAAGAAAUCUUUCCAGAACUUUUGCUUUCUACUUAUGGAAUUUCCAUUGUACAAGAUCUUUUGAAACUGCUUCUUUGACACAUCCCUAUAUGCUGAACACCAGAGGCACAUAGGUUCAUUCUGAAAUGGCAGUGAUUAUGAAGAUCAUAUGGUUAACAAUAUUUGCCUUUAAUGAACAUCAGGAUAAUACCCAGGAAUUACAUCAGAAGUGCUACUUCUAUAAAUGAAAAUUACAUCAAAAAAUGAUAAAGGGAAAGCAUCACACCAGUAGCCUAAGCUAUACAGGUCCUGCUUUAGUGUUGCAGAGCAGUAUUCAGCAUCUUACAUGCAAUUUUAAUAUCUACAGAUGCUAAAAAAGUCAAGUGUGAUCUGACUGAAUUUUUCUGACACAAUGUAUAAAUGACAAGGUGCUGGAAGAGUAUGUUUAUACAAUGGAACCUCAGAUUUACAUUUCUCAGGGAACCAGCAUAAGCAUGUUAGCUUUGAGACAAUGCAUUUUGGGUUAAUGGCAGUAUAAAGUUUAGGUGCAAAUUACAGGAAAGUGUAAUAUCCAGGAAUGUAAAUUUUAGUUUUGACUGUAUUUCUUUAAGAGUUGUCAUUGUGUGCCUAUGGAACAGCUAAGUAAGUACAGUUAUCCUGUUUAGGUAAAUAUUAACUGUUCCAACUCAUUCUUCUUGCUUUACAGGCUAGAUAUAUUUCAGUGAAUUGUCACUUUUAUUGCUGAUAUUUCCGUUGACUCUUUUUUUUUUUUUCUUUAAAUAAUGCUUUUGCUGUUUAUGGAAAGGUACAAAUGUGUAUCCAUAAACCGCACCUUUUAUUCCACUAGAAAAUACACUAAAGGUGACCUUGGGCUUCUGUGUGUCCGUGUAAGGAUGCACGGUAUCCAGGAGUUGUCUGCAGGAUUUGCUUGCUUAGGCAUUUCACACGUUAUGAUUGCUUUCAGACGCACUGAGCAUAAGCUUGACUUGAAACUGCAUGGUGUACUAACACUCUGCAAGUGGCUAUAGUUUCACAUCUUGCACCACAGUUGUGAUAAGGAGCAACUUUAGUGUGAGUUGCGUAGGAUUUAAUAUGUGACCAGUUGGAUUGGCUGCUAUUUAAUAUAAAUUGCUCAAGGCCUUGGUGUUAGCUGAACCAAAUCCAGUAUCAGUUAUUCCUAUCUGCCUUGUUCUCUUGUUUUUAGCCCCUUACUCUUAUCCCUACCCCUUGUUGCCAUUUCUGUAUUUGACUGGAAAAGAUUCAUACUUCUUGCUAUUCCAAAAAUUGAUAAUAUCAACUUCCUCUCUUUAACUCUGUAACUGCUGCUUCUGGACAGAAGCAAUCGAUAAACAGCAUAAGCAGGGUGCAUCCAAGUGUGAUACAGCAGGCAGAAAAAUCAACUUAACAUUUUUGCCUAAUUGUUAUUUUAGAAUAAGCCUCCCCCAUGCACACCCACCCGCACUCCUUUAAUAUUCGGUUUUAUUUUUGGAACUACAAAAAUGGUGAAUGAUGUAGAUAAAGCCACAACAAGAGUGUUUGAAGUACACAAACUACAGCAACAAUUUUGUUGACUUUAAUUUAAUUAAGUUGAAAAAAAAAGCUGCUAUUACUACUAUCAUAGCCACUACAAAUUUCGUCACAAGUGUUCACUAUUGGUAUUCCAGUAACAUUUUCUGUAUUGCACAGAAAGGAGCACAACGAUUAAUUUUUAUACAUUUAUUUACUGUAAUAAUGAUUUGUUCUAUGAUGGAAAUUAAUGUUAUAGUUUAUGUGGUACUUAGCUUUUGUAAAAUUUUAAUAAUCUUUUGUAGUCUGUUUAAAAUAGCAUUUAGUAAAUGGGUUGGGUGCCCUACGGCCCGGCAGACCUUGAACUCUAACUCCCAGAAUCCCCUGAUAGCUAUUCACAGUCAGAGGGGAUUAUAUGAUGGAAGUUGUAGCUCAACAACAUCUAUAGUGCCACAGAUUCUUUUUCAUUUAGCUAAAAGACUUUGCCAUCUCUGCAUCUCCGGAAGAAGCAGGCCUCCUUCUGCAGAAGCAGCCAUCUUUAGGGAAAGACAAUUGGCUCCUGCUGGCAUGGCCAUAUGUUUUCAGGUGACCAAUAAAGUACACAGAAACAUUAGCACUACAUGUACGGUUGCCAGCAACACUUUGCAGUCCAAUAGGGACAUUUAGUUUUAGGUUCCUGACAUUUGCAACAAAAUUUACAAAGCACCCAGGUGCUAAGAAAUGCUGCUCAUGGCAGAUCGUAGGGAGAAGACACAUGGAGCUGCAUGCCGAUCAUUUACUGAUAAUUGUCUCUACAAGUGUUUUAGCAGAGGCAUUUCUCAGUAUUGUCCAUGGCAGAGUAUUUUCUGGUGUUUAGUAGCUGUAACAAAUUGCUUCUACUAAGUAGCUAUGUGUGUCUUCACUCUUAAGGCCUGCACCCACAGAACACCCCUACAGUUUUCUUUCAAAGAGAAGAGUCUCAAAGCUGUAAUCAGUUUUCUUUUGUAUUGUGGAUAUCUCUGAUUCACCAUUUUAUAAUCAUAAACUGCAAAAUCAAGUGCCAUGUUCUUUAUUCAUUGUAGUGAUUUUUUUGCUCACGUAUUUGUGUUUAUUAUGUGGUUAUUCUUAUUUCAAUUAGAAGGGUUUUUCAUGCUGAAUAAUGUAAGCAAGCCCUUGGGAGUCACAAAACCUGAAUCCUCUCGGCUGUUAUUGGUGUGUCUCUUUUGUCCUCUUUAUUAAGCAUAACAGAUAAUAUAAUAAAAUAACUAAUGAUAUAUACAUAUUGUGUAAUAAUCCUUUGUAUAUAGAAAUCAUUUUACAUUUCUUACUAAACUAUUUUGCCUUUAAAAAUUAUUUUAUUACUUUAUUUUAUGUGGUAAGUGCAAAGGAUCCCUAUGAUAUAAUGUCCAUAGGUAUUGCGUCCAUGCUACAGAUGCCAUGUUACCUUUAGCAAUGGAAAUUUUGGCAUGACUGAGCACACUGCAGUAGUAUAGUGUAGCUUGUAGAUGCAACAUCAGCUAUGAUCUCUAAGCAAGUCAUCUGCUAACCUUCCCAUAUUGCCCCCUGUCACAUGCAACUAGAGCUCCAGACCCUAGCAGGUUAUACAUGUGGCCUGGUCUUAGUUAUCAUCCCAGAUAUCUUAUAUUCAUGGCCCUCCCUAAGGAUACUUAUACAGUAAUUUAGGGAAGGGGUGUACAAUUUAUUGGAGGCCUAUCCCAAACAAAUAGUCAAAAUAAAUUUGGCAUCACAUUGCAUUAAUAAACAAAUUAUAAGGCUAAGUUCCCAUCAGUCUGAUUAUAACACCAAUUGCAAGCUAUUUGCUUUAACAGUACACUGUGGGCAAUGACAUUACCAUUUUGGGAAGUGUUUUGAAUAACCACUUUCCAGAUAUUUGACCCCAUAACUAUAGUACCAUGAUAUUUGUCAACGCCACAUGUGAGCCCUCAAAGUUUUUCUUCUAAUAGUCAUUUUCUUUCUUAAAUUCUUUGUGCUUUUUUGUAAGGUGAUUUUAUAGGGGCAGUGUUUUAUCAACACAAAUAAAAUACCUUUGUGUUAUCCUACACUGUGGUAAUGGUGAGAAAUUCUCAAGCUAAUGAAUCUUUACAGAACCUACCACAUGUACUAACACGGAAUUCACAGGUCUAUGAUAAAGACUGAUAUGUCACAAUUGAUAUGUUUGAUGCAGGCCACCUCUCAGCAGCCAGUUGAUUUAGGGUACUAUAGAUGUUGAUGUUCUUUAGGCAUGUGCCCUGCCACCUUCAGGACUUCCUAGCACAACUUUUCUCUUAUCAGGUUUCAUUGUAUGCAUUGUAAGUAUUAUAUAGUAUUAUAAAUAUGACUCAACAUCAAAGUUGAGCAUUACAGGGUAGGAAAUGAGAUGCUUGGACCAGACAAAUAUUCUGCUUGCAAAUUGAUUGGGGGUGCAUCUCUAAUAAAUUAUCCAAAAAUGUACUUGUACAGUGUUGUUACUGUAUAGUUAUAUGCAUGUGAUACUGUGCCUAAUGGCAUACAGCCAUCAGCAUUUUGAAUAAAAUAAAUUAAUAUUCAAACAUGCA